AUGAACGAAAAGUUACGAAAACCCUACCACGAUUCCAUCUCUUCUGUCUUUAUUGUUGUUACUAUCAUAUUCGUUGUUGACGUUUUAGGUGGGUUUUUUUUUAUGUUUAUUGUUAUUGACGUGAUGGUUGUGACUACCGAUGCUGUCUGUGACAUUUGUACUCUCGUUGAAUUCUUUCCAUUUCGAUAUUCUUUGUUUCCCUCCUUGCUUUUUGCAAUUCCUCCUCUCUUUAAGAUUUUCACCCAUUUUAGAAUUUCUCUCCUUCUCACCCCUCAACCCCUCUCUCUUUCUCUCUCUCUCUCUCUCUCUCUCUCUCUCUAUUUCCUCGCAUGUUCAAAUAAUUUCUUUCAUUUCUCGACUUACAUCAUUUCGUUCUUUUUGACCUCGUCUCUGUCUCGACCCCUACCCAGGAUUUUUCUAACCUUUCUAUUUGCGUUUGUCUCUCGGGAUACUCUUUUUUUUCUUUCACUUACUUUUUCCUAUUUUUGUUAUUCGCACCUUUUAAAUUAUCUCUUUGCAUUCGCAUUACUUUUUCUUUCAUUUAAUUCGCUACAUUUAUCCUUUCUUUCUGUACUUUUUCUCUAUUUUCUUUCUCCUUCUUUCUUUCUCUUCUUUCUUUCUUUCCUUCUUUCGUUAUUUCUUUCUUUCUUUCUUUCUUUCUUUCUUUCUUUCUUUCUUUCUUUCCUUCUUUCGUUAUUUCCUUCUUUCUUUUCUUUCUUUCUACAUUUUUAUACGUUUUUCCUCUCAAUUUUAAAUUUCCUCCAACUUGUUAUCUUCCUCCUACCCCUCCCCCUCCCCCUCCUCUUACCACUACCACCGGUACGACUAAGACCACUCUAUAUUCUUUAA